AUGGGUAUUAGAUAUACAUCAAUGUUAUCAUCGACUCCAUCCCAGGAUAGGGCCUUGGCUACUUCUCGUAACAUAAUGGCUAAUCUAGACCGUAUGGCGGCAUCAGCAGGAGGAGGAGCAGCAAGUCAUGACCAGACCGGGGCCUUAUUGGCUAAAUCAUCUGAGAACCAUACACAAGGCGCAUCACCCGCCGCCGCCGCGGCCGCCCUGCCCUCUGCUACUUCUAAGGCUUUCGGUAUGCACUCUCCAGUGUUUGGCAGUAGUGGUAUUACCAAGAAGAAUACAAGCAAUAGUCCGUUGUUUGGUCUACCAGAGGAUGAUGACAAGAAGAAGGCUAGUACAUCACUAAAUACAGCAACUACUGCGAACAAGGAGGAGGCUACUGCCAAGAGUAGUAUUACUACUAAGGAUACUACCAAGACAACAUCCACUGCUGCUGCUGCCGCUGCCCCUCCUCCAGCAUCAAUCUUCGGCAAGGUCCCCAGCUCUAAUACAGGUUCAUCAUCGAUAUUCGGCGCUAGCCUGCCUACUACUACUACUACUUCAACUACUAACAGCAGUAUCUUUGGUGCCACUCCAACUGAUACUGCUGCUACAUCGGCACCUAUCAGUAGUAGUAAUGAUGCUGCUUCUGCUCCUCCACAGAAGACUACCACCACCUCAUCUACAUCAUCACUAUUCACCACUACGGCACCCACCUCUUCUACUGAGCCAUCAGCUCUAGCAUCGUCCCUCUUCGCUGGUGUUAAAACAACAACAACAACAACAUCAACACCAGCAGCAGUCGAAGAGAAGACUACUCCUGAGAAGAAGGCCAAGAGAGCUCGGUCUGAUGAUGAUGACGAGGUUGAGGAGGUACCACCACCACCAAGUAAGGCUGCUGUCCAGGAAGCAGUACCCGCCAAGGCGGCCACUACUACUACGCCAGCCCCUGCUCCCGCUGCUCCUGAGCCACCUAAGGGGGGCUUCAUCUGGGGUGAUCCGACCAAGGUCAGCGACGCCGACUUUUUUGAUGAUGAUGGAUUCGCUCCUGAUGCUGACGAUGAUAGUGAUCAUGAGGAAGAAGAAGGGGGGAAUAAAUCAACCCCUGCCCAGCAACAGCAGCAGCAGUCUACUGGUGGUGGUAGUAUAUUCGAUGCUAUACCAGCAGCAUCAGCAAGCUCUGGAUCCAAGACCAGCAGUGGAAGUCUGUUCGGCACUGGUAGCGCCAUAUUCGGAAACAACGAUAAUAAGAGUGGUUCGGAUAGUAGUAGUAUAUUUGGCACGGCCGGUAAGGCAUCCUCGGGGGGCAGUAUAUUCGAUGUGUCUGCAGCCCCCUCAUCCAGUGGUGGUAGUGGUAGUAUCUUCGGCAAUCCCUCUACUACUACCACCACUGCUGGUACAGCUUCCAUCUUUGGGACUACUACUGCCAGUAUGACCAAGAAGGAUGAUGCUGGUAGCAAACAGUCAGGUGGGAGCAUCUUUACUACUACUACCACUCAACCUUCUACUGGUAGUGCGUCAUCAUCAUCAUCAUCCAUAUUUGGCAACAGUGUGGCUACACCCUCUACUGGGUCUAUCUUCUCCAUCCCUGAUAAGACGGUAUCCUCUGAGAGUAGCGGCAGUAUCUUCGGCAAUGUUGGCUCUUCCCCUGCUGCACCCACUGGUUCCCUCUUCGGCACUACUACCACUGCACCGACUAGCAGUAGUGGUAGUAGUAGCAUCUUCGGGAUGAGCACUACCACUCCUGGUAGUAUCUUCGGAACUACUGCUGCUGCUGCAUCAUCAUCGUCCACUGGUACUAGUAUGUUUGGUAGUGCUCCCCCUGCCCAGAGUACUACCGGCCUAUUUGCUUCUACUGGACCUACUGCUACUGCCUCAUCAUCAUCAUCUUCGAUAUUCGGCAGUUCGACUACUGCUACUACUACCCCUUCCAGUAUCUUCCAGCAGCCGCAGUCCAGUGGUACGUUGUUCGGAUCGACUCAGUCGAGUAGUAGUAGUAACAGUGGUGGUGGUGGUAUGUUUGGUACUACUGCCUCACCCUUCGGUGCUGCUACUCCCCAGCAGAGUUCCACGUUUGGUAGUAGUACCACGGGUAGUAGCACGAUGUUUGGUAGUAGUAACACUAACAAUGCAGCAGCAGCAGCCUCAUCCUCAUCGAUGUCUAUCUUCGGUGCUACGCCCAGUAAUAGUGGUAGUAGUAGUAUAUUCGGUUCAGCUGUGCCUGGUGGUAGCAGUAGCAGUGGUAGCUCUAUGUUUGGUGCAGCUGGUGCCACCUUCUCUAUGCCCACCACAACAUCAUCCCAGCAACAGUCCUCUGGAUCAUCAGCACCAAACCCCUUCGGAGCUGAACCAACUGCCGCCAAGCCUGGACGAAGGAUCCUCAGAGUCAAACGUCGGGGUUAA